UUCUUGCUUUUAGCUUUGGUCUUCCCUCCACAACUUGAACCUCCAAAACUAAACAUGACUUGUAUGAACUUGUCGUCACUACCCGAAGAAUGCAUCUCACACAUCUUGUCGUUGAUAUCGCCGACGGACGUAAUCCGAUCAUCGGCGGUUUCGAAACAACUCUUAUCGGCAUCCGAAUCGGACACCAUUUGGGUGAAGUUCCUGCCAUUUGAUAUUGAUCUCAUCAUCUCUGAAUCGUCAACAACGCUUGAUCAACAACAGUUGACUUCUAAGAAAAAGCUCUUUCUCCAUCUUUGCCGAUAUCCUUUACUCUUCAAUAAUAACACUCUGAGCUUUUCACUAGACAUACAGAGCGGCAAGAAAUGCUACAUGCUUAGUGCAAGUACACUAGUAAUUCCACGAGGCGACACCCCCGAUUGUUGGGUUUGGAAAUCAGACCCUAAAUCAAGGUUCCCAAAAGUGAUUGAGCUUCAAUGGAUCGACAUAACUGGCAAAAUACACACCAAAAUGCUGUCACCAAACACAACUUACGGCGUUUAUUUCGUGUUCAAGCUAGGAAUCAAGUACCCUGCAACAUUCGAACACACAUCCGUUAAGCUAUCCGUAUUAGAACUCGACGAAGGGUUGCCAAGAAAUGAUCAACACCAUCUUCUUCGUCGUAAAACGGUCCAUAAGGAGUUUUACCUCAAAACUCCAGUAGAGUCUGAAAUUUUCAAAUUUACAGAGCAAUUCAGAAGGCAUGUUGAAGCAGUGCAGCUUCCGACUGAGAGAUGUGAUGGUUGGAUGGAGAUAGAGUUGGAAAGGUACAACGUUGGUAGUGGUGGUGAUGGUGGUGGUGAUAAUGGAAGUAUGGUGUUGGAGAUUUGUAUGAGGGAUGUUGAUGGACUUAAUUGGAAGGCUGGUCUUCUUGUUCAAGGGAUUGAAUUACGUCCUUUGGACUGAUUGAUUGACUAAGUCAACGUGUUACUUUGGGAACUAUGGUGGCAUUCAAGGGGUAACAAAAAUAUUAUCGGAGAAGAGGAUUUGGAGUCUGUUUCCUACAAUUUGUGUACCAUUUAUGAAUCACUUUUUUUUUUAAUUGAUCGAUGAAUAUUUGUACCAUUUGUGUAUCAUUUGUGAUCCAUUGUUUUUUGUCAUCUAGGGGAGGAUACAAGCCGUAUCAAGUCGCACUCUAAUACGACUUGGCUUUAUGUGAACUCGACUCAACUCGAGUUAAAAAGUUCCUGACGGACUAUGCUUGAUAAAAAUUCUUUUAGUUCGAGUUGAA